AUGCGGCCAGGCUCACGGCCUGCCUCCUCUGCCACAGCGUCGCUGGCAUUGAAACCAGGCAUGCGGCCCCCUUCCGCUCUCUCCAUCCCAAAUUUGGGGCCAGGCGUCUCAGCGCAGCCCUCGUCGCUGUGCGCCUCGCUCUGCGCCUCAGAGAGUGGGUCGCCCCGCCUGCCAGAGAUCUCCUGGUUGCCUCCGCUGGGGAAGCCCUUGCAGGGCUGCCGUUCCUCGCCCACGUUGAGUCGAGGACGUGGUUGGAGAAGUUUAGGGUCACCGCGUUUAGGUGACGAGGGCCCUCGGCCGGCUGCCAGCGAGACUUCCUGGGCUGGUGUAUCGGAGGUACCAAGCGCCAAGAAGUCCGUCGCCUCAACAGGCUCGAGCAUCGGGAAGCCUAUGUCCUCCCUUGGCGUCAAGAAGGGCGGAAGGAACCAUGCAGUGUACCAGCGGUGGCAGGUCGUUUCCUCCUCAAACCGCUUCCAAAGCGAAGAAGUGCUGGAGAGAGAUCGGCAGAGGCAGCGCGCUGCUGCCUGCGAUCUCCGCAGCCGUGGGGGCGGUCGCCAUAACGCCUCUCCGGCACGCUCGCAUGCAGCCGCGCUCUUCUUCGGCCAGGGAAUUCAAGAGGAUCCCGUGCAUCUGCCGCCGGGAGCCUUGCAGCACGUCGCGCGGCCACCCUCCAGGUCGAUGCACAUUAUGCCCAACAAUGCCGCGGGCCCCGUGAAUGAGAUCAUCGGUGCCCAUGCCGGGGAGGAAGGUGCGAGCCAGCAGGAUUCGGAUGAGGGAUCAUCUGCUACUUCUUCGGAAGAAGAAGGCACCGAACUGCAGUCGGAUGAUGAGGGCGGAGCGGGCGGUGGAGGACGCAGGCGAAGUUCCAAAGAGAGCGAAGUGUGGAAGCCGGCGAUGCCCCGGAAGCACAUCCCCCAAGUGCUGAGCAUCAAACGCAAGGUAGAAGACCUGCCGGAUAUCAACACGCUCUACGAGCCACGUGAGCUAGCGCAGCUCUUUAAAUGUGUGGACGCCUACGUCCACCUUGUCCUCCCUCCGGGCGGCUCCUCUGUGGCCCACAGCCCGGACAUGUUCCUCGCCUCCAUGCUCGCCUCACUCGGCUCGGGGAGCCCAACAGGGCGCCCGAUAACGCCCAGCACCGACGUCGGAGGUGCAGGUGCGGGUUACCUCCGCGAUCGGGAGGGGCCCUUGGUGCUGCGGCCCAUCUUCUGCAGGUUCUUGCUAGCCUCCAAGCUUUGUGGGAGCCGCGACUCGCCCCAUCGUUACCAGGAUUGCGUUGCUGCAUUCGAUGCGCACGCAACACGAUACGAGGCCUUCUUCGGAAUGCCUCGGAACCUUCUUUUGAGGGUCCUUUCAGGCAUUGUGUUGCCGCCUGGCUGCGAGGCAUCCUUGAUGGCAUCUGCCUUCAGUGACAAAGUCGUUCGGCAGCUGCCACCGCAGGUGCGGCGGUUCUUGGAUCACCAUCUACGCACUGCCAACUCUCACUGUGAGGCUCGGCGGAAGGCUCUGGACGAGUCCAUCUCGCGGCUGCCGUUUGUCGAAAGCCUUCUGUGGAUCGACCCAACAACUCUGCCCAAGGUUGAGGAAGACGAGGAGAAGGAAAAGGACAAAGAGAAGGACAAGGAAAAAGAGAAGGAUCCGACAGAGAAGCCAAAGAGUCCAAAGAGCAGAAAGGCAGAGCGAUUGAGGAACACGGACAAGCGGAAAAUGUCAGUGAACAUAGAGCUGCCUGAGGAGACGGUUCCAAUCCUGAAGGCACCAGAAGCGACGCUGCGGCUUCCGCCACAGGGGAUGUGGCCACCGCUACCACCGCGGUAUGUCAUUUCCGAGAGGGGUUUGCAGCAGUGGAAAGAUGGCAUUCGCCAGUGGGAAGAAGAAGUCAAUCAGCAGAGUUCGUCCCACCUCAGGGCACUGUACGAGAACACAGCGCGCGUUGUGCUCGGCGAGCUCUUGUCCAGCCAGCUGCUGGAGCCGGAGGUGCUUCAUUUUGCCAGUCGCUUCUUGCCGCUUUUCUCUCGCAUAUUCGACGAGUAUGCAGAUGAACAUAUGGCCGACUACCAGCCGACCGACCCCUCUGCCUUAGCCUCCUCUUCCUCAGAAUGUGGCUCCGACGCGCCCGCCACGGAGGCAGCAGGCCAGGCACCAGGCGCUCCAGCGGAGGGCGCAGAGAAACGUGGCUCAGUGUUGGGAGGUUCGCAACGGCGGCCCCAGCUGAUCCUGCCCACGCGAAACGUUGCCAACGCUGCCAACCGCGCCGGGGGUGAGGAGAAGCUACCACCGGCGAAGUUCCUGAAGCCACGGGAGGGGCCUCCAGACAUGAUGUCCUUUCACGCCUUCUUCUCUUUCUGCGUAGAGUUCGAGCUCUUUCCGAACCAUGCGUCGUACGACGAGCUUCGGCAGAUCUACGACUCCGCUGAAACCGCAGAGGAACUCGUGGUUGCCGAGCUGCAGAUCCCACGGAGAAGAGUGACAAAGGAGGCCUCCGCGGCAGCUGCUGCGUUGCUUCCACAGGUCGAGCUGGGAUUCUUGGAGAAGCCGCUGCACGAGAUGACAGAGCUCGAGCAGCACGUCGCCUUCUUCUUUGCCGCCUUGGAAACCUGGUUGGCCAGCCGUUUCAUGCGCCUGGCGGACCUGGUUGUCCAGCGGAUGCCUUUCUGUCUUGAGGAGCUGGAGGACGUGCGGCCGCCGCCUUCGCCAUCACGUGUGAUUCGCAGACUCCGGAGCUUCAAGGAGUCGCGCACAGAGAAAGACGAGGCGACACCAUCGCCUUCGACACCUCAGGGUGAGGCCCGCGCUGAAGCGCCAAAGAAGCGCAAGGAGCCAAUGUUCAAGGAGGGCCGCAAAAACUCUGCUGGCAACGCAGGGCAGCGGGUGACGCAGCUGCCGCCUUCGCUGACUUUGAGUGCCAGCGAGCUUCUGGAGAUUGCAUCCCCACCUGGCCAGCGUCUCAUCACCGCAGCGCAGCUCGAGCAGUGCUUCGCCAUGCUGCUGCCCAUGGCCCCGAAAGGGCACCCGGUGGAAAUCACGGUGUAUCAGUUGGACAAGGUCCUGACCAAGGCAAAAGCUGCCCGCGAUCGAGCCAGCGUCGCCGACUGCUUCAUGCUAAAGCCUGAACAGAUGCUCUCGUCGUCUGAGCGGGCAACACGCUUGUUCCUCGAGGCGCUGGACGAGAAAAUCCUGGAGCGGGAGUCUAGGGGCGGCUCCAGUCGCCUCGAGUCCUUCUUUGGGCCUGCGAAUUCCGAUCAGGAGGUUUCCGCUGGCACCUUCAUACAGAAAGCCGUCUCCAUGGCCUUGAGCCCCGACUGCAUCCCCACAGAGAAGGACCUGGCCACCGGCCUUGCUCAGCUUGGUGCAAAGAGCAAUGGGACCAUGUCCAGGCAGGUGGCGUUUCGUGCUUUGGCUCUGGCCCGGGAGCACCGCCGGAGGCAGAAGCUACAGCUUACACAGGCUCGCUCAACUCUUCUGGCGCAGCAGGUGAAGAGGAGCACGUGGGUUCCUGAAGGAAGCCGGCCAACAAGUGCCGCACCCGGCUUCGCAGCUCUCGGCCAGCCACAGAUCCGCAAAGCCUUUCGCUGCGCGGCUUUCGUGGAGUGCCUUGUCAAGCUGGCACUCCACCGACUCGGCGCGAAAGGCUCCUUGGAACUCCAGCGUGGGGCGCCGACCUGGUGGAAAUGCACGUGGCUGCUGAACCAUCUGGGCAUGCGCUUCGUGGAACGCGUCCAGACCAACAGGCAUCAGCAUACUCUGCGAAAUCUGGUCGGAGAGGAGCAUCCGCCCGUGAAGUUGCAGGAGCUGGACUUCUGGUGGUAUCAAAUGCACCUCACAAACCGGCCAAGAUAUGUCUUCCCUCUGGAUCGCCUCGUCGUCUCCACACCGGACCUCUUCGAGCCGAUAAAAGCGGAGGCGAAGAUCAUGGUCAGUGAAGAUCGUCGGGGUACGUGCCCAGAGUGUCAGGAGCAGCGGAGUCCGAGCGGAUGGGGUACACCGGGCUGCCUUGGGUGCUCUGAGAUCGAGUCCUUCUGCCUGCCCUUCGAGGGGCACAUCUUUGCCCCGCUGGUGAGGAACCCUGACGUUGCCGACACGAAAUCGACGCCAAAUUCACUGGGUGACGAGGACAUCAGUGCGAAAUUCCCGUUCGGAGAGAUGUUGAACAUCAUCCAGUGA